AUGGAUUUUGGUGACAUGGAUCGUUGUUGUCACCAUUGUGGUGCACUUUUUUGGUAUGCUGAGAGACUUGCAAAGAGUAAACAAUCGACUAACCCCAAAUACUCAAAAUGUUGCCUUCAAGGGAAGAUAGAUCUUCCAUUCUUCCAAUCUCCUCCGGAUUUGCUAGCAAAUUUACUGUCUGGAGUUGAUCCGCGAAGUCGUCAUUUCUUUGAGCAUAUUCGUACAUACAAUAGUAUGUUCGCAUUCACGUCGCUUGGCGGUAAAGUUGAUGCUAAUAUGAAUGACGGUGGUGGGCCUCCGCAGUUUGUCAUUAGUGGACAGAACUAUCAUCGAAUUGGAAGUUUGUUACCGAUUGAAGGUCAAAAGCCCAAGUUUGCGCAACUGUACAUAUAUGACACAAAAAAUGAAGUUGGGAAUAGGAUGGAUCAUUUCAGUCAAAGGUCAACCAGAUCUAACCUUGACCAAAGCUUGGUUAAAGAUCUCAUGAUGAUGAUUGAUGAAUCAAAUAUAUUGGCCAAAUCAUUUAGAAGAGUUCGAGAUCACAUCGAAGACGGGGUUGCAAAUGUGGCUUUGAGAUUAUUUCAAAAUCGUGUUCAAAAUCCGAACACGUACAAUCUACCUAAUGUAGAUGAGGUUGCCGCGUUGAUUGUUGGAGAUUUUGAUAGUUCUGAUUGUGACCGUGACAUCAUUAUACGAACCCAAAAUGGAUACUUACAGAGAAUUCCGGAGUAUCACGUUUCCUUCCUGCCAUUGCAAUACCCCAUUAUAUUCCCUUAUGGUAAUGGCGGGUACACAAAAGGUAUUAGCUUUGCUGCAGAUUCGAUUAAUGAUGGGGAUUGGAAGCGUGAAGGUGUCUCUUUUUUAGAAUGGGUUGCGUUUAGAUUACAGAAGAGACAACAUGAGUGCAGUAGGUUGCUAUUGAGUAGAAGGUUAUUGCAACAAUUUGUUGUUGAUUGCUACUCCAUGAUUGAGUCUGGCCGGUUGUUCUUCCUUAGAAAUAGGCAACACAUUAUCCGUAAAGAGGUUCUAUCAGGUAUUCAGGAGGCUAUGGAUCGGGGAGACACAAACGCGUCGACUAUUGGCUCCAGGAUUGUCUUACCUUCAUCAUUUACAGGCGGUAGGCGUUACAUGUUCAACAAUUGUCAGGAUGCAAUGGCAAUUUGUAAAGCAUUUGGGUACCCGGAUUUGUUUAUCACCAUGACAUGCAACCCAAAAUGGCCUGAAAUUGAGCGGGAAAUUUCAAAGAAUGGGUUAUCUACGUAUGAGAGACCAGAUAUUGCAUGCCGAGUGUUUCGAGCGAAACUAGAUGAAUUAAUGUCGGACCUUAAAAAGGGCGUAUUUUUUGGCAAAGCUAUGGCAGCUACAUACACCAUUGAGUUUCAAAAGCGGGGCUUGCCACAUGCACAUAUUCUGUUAUGGCUUCAUCCUGAAUAUAAAUUGAAUUCUCCUGCAAUGAUUGAUUCAGUGAUAUGCGCGGAACUUCCAAAUCCAGAAUUAUAUCCCAAACUUUUCCAAGUUGUGUCUAACUUUAUGGUUCAUGGCCCAUGUGGAUUCAGCAACAUCCGAUCCCCGUGUAUGAAAAAUGGCAAAUGCUCGAAAUUCUUCCCUAAGAAAUUUCAAAACGCUACAUCAUUUGAUAGAGACGGAUUUCCUAUAUAUAGAAGAAGGAACACUGGAGUAACAACCACCAGAAGAGAUACUCAGCUCCACAAUGGAUUUGUUGUUCCAUACAAUCCAAAAUUGCUAAUGAAAUAUCAAGCUCAUGUUAAUAUUGAAUAUUGCAACAAGGCAAACUCAAUAAAGUACUUAUUUAAGUACAUAAAUAAGGGUGUUGAUCGCGUGACCAUGUCGAUGUCCGUGUCAGGAGAUGCUCAAGAGGUUGAUGAAAUUAAACAGUAUUAUGAUUGUAGAUAUCUCUCCCCAUGUGAAGCAGUAUGGAGGAUAUUUAAGUUUCCUAUCCAUGAACAGUGGCCGCCUGUAAACAACCUCAAAUUUCAUCUACCUAACAGGCAAUCGGUCAUAUUCAAAAAUGACCAGGAUAUCAGUGAUGUAUUUGAUCGGUCCAAAGAAAAGAUGACUAUGUUCAUGGCGUGGAUGGAGGCUAAUGCCAAAUAUCCUACCGCAAAGGAUCUAACAUAUGCUGAUUUCCCUUCAUUGUUUGUUUUUGAUGAGGAUAAGUGUGAAUGGCGACCUCGAAAGAAAGGUUUCUCAAUUGGAAGAAUGAAUUUUGUGCCACCAGGAACUGGGGAGCUAUUCUAUAUGAGACUGUUAUUGAAUGUUCAACGUGGUUGUAGUAGCUUUGAUGAGCUGAAGACAGUAAAGAACCAUAUGUAUGAGACUUUUAGAGAGGCAUGUGCUGCUGCUGGAUUACUUACUGAUGACAAUGAAUUUGUUGAAAGCAUAAAGGAGACAUCUCUCUUGGGUUCUGGUCACUACAUUAGAGGCUUAUUUGUCAGAUUACUGGUAUCCAACACCAUGUCAAAUCCAGUGUCUGUUUGGAACAAAACAUGGGAGCUCAUAGCAGAUGGAAUACAAUAUGAUUUAAGAAGAUCUCUCAAUAAUUCAGAUUUGAGAAUCGAUGAUCAACGACUACGCGAACUGUGCCUAAUGGAGAUUGAAAAGAUACUUCUCAUCAAUGGAAAAUCACUGAAAGACUUUGAUGGGAUGCCCGUCGUUGAUGCUGAUCUCUUAGCUGAAUAUGGAAAUGUUCUUCUGUUCAACGAAUUGAACUUUGAUACUACUGAGAUGAGUCAGCUCCACUCCGAUUGCAUUAAUAGACUAAAUUCAGGAAAGACAUUUCUUUGGAAAACCCUGACCUACCGGCUUAGAUCUGAGAGGAAAAUUGUCUUAAAUGUUGCUUCCAGUGGUAUAGCGUCUUUACUUCUACCAGGUGGUCGUACUGCUCAUUCGUUGUUCUCUAUUCCAUUGAACUUGAAUGAGGAUUCAUGUUGUUGCAUUCCCCAAGGUAGUCCUAAAGCAGAGCUACUUCAAGCUGCAAGUUUAAUCAUAUGGGACGAGGCACCUAUGGUUAAUAAAUAUGCAUUUGAGGCACUUGACAGGACACUUAGAGAUAUAAUGAGCACUAAGGUUCCAGACAGCAUGCAUAGACCAUUUGGCGGGAAAACUGUUGUGUUGGGCGGUGACUUCAGGCAAAUUCUGCCUGUUAUUCCAAAGGGUUGUCGAGCAGAGAUUGUCAUGUCAACAAUAAAUUCAUCCAGGUUAUGGAGUUGUUGUAAGGUACUAACACUAACCGAAAACAUGAGGUUGAUGCGCAAUUCUUCUGAACAGGAUGUUAAUGAAGUUCGCAUGUUUGCCGAAUGGGUGCUCGAUCUUGGAGAUGGCAAAUUAGGAGAACAUAGUGACGGUGAGUCAGAUAUUACAAUUCCUGAUGAGUUCAUGAUUCCACUAUCAUCCAAUCCCAUUUCUGAUAUUGUCGACUCUGUGUACCCUGGCAUAAAUCAGAAUGUCACAGAUGCUAAAUAUUACAGUAAUAAGGCGAUCCUUGCACCAACACUAGAGGCAGUUGAUUCAAUUAAUCAACACGUGUUGUCUAUGUUUCCAGGUCUUCCUGAUCAUAAAUUGUUGGUGAAAGUAGGAGCUCCUGUUAUGCUAAUGCGAAAUCUUGACAUAUCAGCAGGAUUGUGCAAUGGUACUAGGCUAAUUGUGGAACAUCUCUGUCCCAACGUUAUUGGUGCUAUUGUCAUUACUGGUACACACAUCGGCACAAAGGUGUUUAUCCCCAGAAUGAAUUUAAUGCCUUCAGAUCCAACCAUGCCUAUCAAGUUCAUGCGACGACAAUUUCCUCUUUGUCUAUCAUUCGCUAUGACUAUAAACAAAAGCCAAGGACAAAGCCUAUCUGAAGUUGGUGUAUAUUUACCCAGACCUGUGUUUUCACAUGGGCAGUUGUAUGUUGCUGUAUCUAGAGUCACUUCAAGAGGUGGAUUGAAAAUCCUUUUAUGCAAUGAGGAGGAUGACAAACGGAAUGUGACAAAGAAUAUUGUGUUUGCUGAAGUCUUUCAAAAGAUAUACAAUAAUUGA